AUGAGGGAUAACAAAGAAGCUGCUCUAGAAAGAGCCUUCAAUGAGAAAGAAGAUUGUGGCGCCGGACGAGACGACCUGCAUUCGGGCACAGCGCUGCAUCACCGGGGGCCGCCCCACCUCGGCCCCCCGCCGCCGCCGCCCCCCCACCAGGGCCACCCGGGCGGCUGGGGCGCCGCCGCCGCCGCUGCUGCCGCUGCCGCCGCCGCCGCUGCCGCCGCGCACCUCCCGUCCAUGGCUGGGGGCCAGCAGCCGCCACCGCAGUCUCUGCUUUACUCGCAGCCCGGGGGUUUCACGGUGAACGGGAUGCUAAGCGCCCCCCCGGGGCCCGGAGGGGGUGGGGGGGGAGGAGGCGGCGGCCAGAGCCUGGUGCACCCGGGGCUGGUGCGCGGGGACACGCCGGAGCUGAGCGAGCACCACCACCACCACCACCACCACCCACACCCGCCGCACCCGUCGCACCCGCACCACCCGCAGGGACCCCCUCACCACGGCGGGGGCGGAGGUGGCGGAGGGGGCCCGGGACUGAACAGCCACGACCCGCAUUCGGACGAGGACACGCCGACCUCGGACGACCUGGAACAGUUCGCCAAGCAGUUCAAACAGCGGCGGAUCAAACUGGGCUUCACACAGGCAGACGUGGGGCUGGCCUUGGGCACCCUUUACGGGAACGUGUUCUCGCAGACCACCAUCUGCCGCUUCGAGGCCCUUCAGCUGAGCUUCAAAAAUAUGUGCAAGCUGAAGCCUCUGCUGAACAAGUGGCUGGAGGAGGCCGACUCAUCAACCGGCAGCCCCACCAGCAUCGACAAGAUCGCCGCCCAGGGCAGAAAGAGGAAGAAACGGACCUCCAUCGAGGUGAGCGUCAAAGGGGCCUUGGAGAGUCACUUCCUCAAGUGCCCCAAGCCUUCGGCACAGGAGAUCACCAACCUGGCCGACAGUCUGCAGCUAGAGAAGGAGGUGGUGAGGGUCUGGUUCUGCAACCGGCGGCAGAAGGAGAAGAGGAUGACACCCCCGGGGAUCCAGCAGCAGACGCCCGACGAUGUCUACUCACAGGUCGGCAACGUAAACGCGGACACGCCGCCCCCACAUCACGGACUGCAGACGAGCGUGCAGUGAAGAUGGAGAGAAUGAGAGACGGAGAGAAAGAGAAGGAGGCACCAGCCACCGCAGCAGCCGCCGCCGCCGUCGCCUCCGCAGCUGCCGCCAGC